AUUCUCCAUUAGAUAUAUAUAAUAAUGUGGCAAAAUGUCCGAUCUUGAUACCUACUUGUUGGAACGUAAAGGAUUGUUCUACAGGUCUAAAUGUUGAUGAUAAUCUACGUUCGGUUAGAUACAAUGGAAACCGUCCGAUUGCAGCAGUUAGAGCAAAUCAUUGUAUUUCGAAAAAAACUGGAAUUUUUUAUUUUGAAAUUGACAUUUUAGAGGGUGGAAAUAACAAUACAGUAUCGGUUGGUGUUUCAGAUGCAUACCCUAGUCUUAACAGGCUAGCAG